CGUGUGUCGGUACAUGAGCGGCUCAGCGCUGCCGCUGAAGACUUCCUGCUGCAGGUGGAGAAAGGAGGAGGAAAGGUUCAAGUCCCGGAGCUGAGAGCGAUGCUCACCGAGCGGCUAAUGGCGGCGGGGGAAGAGAUUCUCGCUGGGCUUGAGGAAACCUUGGCAGAGUACGAGGACCGAGUGCAGCAGCCAGAAAGGUCCGAGCGGGAGAUCCGCCGCCAGAGGAGGUUGCUCGAUGCCGCGAUGCAGCCCGUAGUCCGGCUGCACAGAGCAGUGUACCCUGCAGACGUCCAGCAACUGAUGGUGAAUAAAGAAGAGGAUCCCUCUGAGCAGCAGCAGUGGAGCCCCCUUGUGGAAAAGGAGGACCCAGAGCCCCCCCACAUUAAAGAAGAACAGGAGGAACCGUGGACCAAUCAGGAUGGACAGCAGCUUCAAGGACUGGAGGAGGCUGAUAUCAAGUUCACAUUGACUCCUGUCGCUGUGAAGAGUGAAGAAGAUGAAGAGAAACUUAAAUCGUCAAAGCUUCAUCCGAGAGAGACGAAGGAGAACAGAGCGGACUGUGGAGGACCAGAACCAGCCAGGAACUCAGUUCCUGAUGGACGUUUACAACCAGGUCCUGAGGACAAGACUGAAGACUCUUCUGAGACUGAAGACGUGUGUCCUGCAGAUGUCCAGCAACUGAUGGUGAAUAAAGAGGAGUGGAGCCCUCUUGUGGACCAGGAGGACCCAGAGCCCCCCAACAGUAAAGAGGAACAGGAGGAACAGUGGACCAAUCAGGAUGGACAGCAGCUUCAAGGACUGGAGGAGGCUGAUAUCAAGUUCACAUUAACUCCUGUCGCUGUGAAGAGUGAAGAAGAUGAAGAGAAACUUAAAUCGUCAAAGCUUCAUCCGAGUGAGACGAAGGAAAACAGAGCGGACUGUGGCGGACCAGAACCAGCCAGGAACUCAGGUCCUGGUGGACAUUUACAACCAGGUCCUGAGGACAAGACUGAAGACUCUUCUGAGACUGAAGACAGUGAGGAUGAUUGGAUGGAGACCAUGGAAACUCAGACUGGUUUAAAUACAAGAAAUAACAAACAGCCUCUAAGUGCUAUGGGAUGUAAGACAGAAAAAAAAAUGUUUAGUUGCUCUGAGUGUGAUAAAAGAUGUAGCCAUAGGAGCAAUCUAGAUAGACAUAUGAGGCGUCAUACAGGAGAGAAACGUUUAGUUGCUCUGAGUGUGAUAAAAGAUUUAACCAAAAGAACCAUCUAAAUACACACAUGAGGAGUCAUACAGGAGAGAAACCGUUUAGUUGCUCCCAGUGUGGCGACAGAUUUAGCCUUAGGAGCAAUCUAAAUAGACAUAUGCUGCGUCAUACAGGAGAGAAACCGUUUAGUUGCCCUGAGUGUGGUACAAGAUUUAGACAUAGGUGCAGUCUGAAUUUACAUAUGAGGAUUCAUACAAGAGAGAAACAGUUUAGUUGAUCUGAGAGUGGUAAAAGCUUUAAGAUUCGGUCCUAUUGUACGAGACGUAAGGAUUUAUAAAGGAGAGAAGUGAUUCCGUUGCAACCUUUGCAACAAAAUAUUUAUUAGGAUUUAUCAGCAGAUAUUCAUA